AUGCACUUCACCGCCCCCUCCGUGGCCCUGCUGGCUCUCGCAGCCGGUGUCCAGGCCGGUGGCGCCAAACAGCACCACGAACCCCCCGUCCAAAGCGGAAAGGGUAUUGGCAAGCACCAAGCUAGCGGUGCCUCUGGUACCGGUGUUCAGACUGGCACUCAUCCCAUUGCCACCGGUCACCACAACAACGGCACCGGUACACAGACUGGUAGCCACCCCAUCGUCACUGGCACCCACAACAACGGUACCCACGCCGGCGGCAAGAACAGCACCAUCAUCGUCACGGGUACUGCCCCCUGCUUCAACUGCCACGGUAGCUCGACCAUCCCUGUCAAUGUCCCUACCAAGAGUCCCUCUGCCUCUGGUGGUGCUGGCCACGUUGGCGGUGGCUCUAGCACGGGCACUGGCUCUGGCUCUGGCACUGGCUCUGGCACUGACUCUGGCUCUGGCUCCGGGGGUUCCUCCUCCGGUGGUGGUGUUGUCGGUGGCUCCGGCUCCGGCUCCGGAACCGAGUCUGGUUCUGGCUCUGGCUCUGGCUCUGGCUCUGGCUCUGGCUCUGGCUCUGGCUCUGACUCUGGCUCUGGCUCCGGGGGUUCCUCCUCCGGUGGUGGUGUUGUCGGUGGCUCCGGCUCCGGAACCGGAACCGAGUCUGGUUCUGGCUCUGGCUCUGGAAGCAACGGUUCUGGCUCUGGCUCCGGCUCUGGCUCUGGAUCUGGCACUGGCACUGGCACUGGUUCUGGUUCUGGCUCCGGCUCUGGAACCGAAGGCUCUGCCUCCCCCAGCUCUACCGAAUACACCCCCUCCAGCCCCGGCUCCAAGGUCAUCACACCCCAGGUCGGAGUCCUCAGCGCUGUUAUUGGCAGUAUUGUCUACGGUGCCGUUAUGCUUCUUGCCUAA